CAAUAAUAAUUAUUAUUCUGAAAGAAAAAUUCUACACAAACCCCUCCCUCUCGCCUCCAUCUUUUUGUCAGCCCACCGCUUAACCCUUUCUUUACAAAAGCAAUUCCACAAGGUUUUUCAUCUUCAAACUCGAUCUAUACGUCAUCUAGAGGUACGGGUAAACUCAUUUGAGUUAACAAGUUACAUUACUCAACAAAGAUGAGCGUGGUCGGAUUUGAUCUUGGGAACGAGAGUUGCGUUGUUGCAGUUGCCAGACAAAGAGGAAUCGACGUCGUUCUUAAUGAUGAGUCAAAGCGUGAGACUCCUGCUCUCGUGUGUUUCGGGGACAAACAGCGGUUUCUUGGAACAGCUGGUGCUGCCACCAGUAUGAUGAACCCGAAGAAUACCAUCUCCCAGAUUAAGCGGUUAAUAGGUCGUCCGUUCUCUGACCCUGAGUUGCAACAGGAUCUCAAAUCGUUGCCUUUUUCCGUGACCGAAGGACCCGAUGGUUUCCCGUUGAUCAAUGCACGGUAUCUCGGGGAAACAAGAUCGUUCACCCCAACUCAGCUUAUGGGAAUGGUUUUUUCGAAUAUGAAGACAAUAGCGGAGAAGAAUUUGAAUGCAGCGGUUGUCGAUUGCUGCAUUGGGAUACCUAUUUAUUUCACUGAUCUUCAAAGAAGAGCUGUUAUGGAUGCAGCUACUAUAGCUGGCUUGCAUCCGUUACGGUUGAUGCAUGAAACAACCGCAACUGCUCUGGCGUACGGAAUUUACAAGACGGAUUUACCCGAGAAUGAACAGAUCAACGUAGCCUUUGUCGACAUUGGGCAUGCUAGCAUGCAGGUGUGCAUAGCAGGCUUCAAGAAAGGCCAGUUAAAGGUAUUGGCUCAUUCUUUCGACCGUUGUCUGGGCGGUAGGGAUUUCGAUGAGGUUCUGUUCCAGCAUUUCGCCGAAAAGUUCAAGGCGGAGUACAAAAUCGACGUGUUCCAGAACGCAAGGGCUUGCCUCAGGCUUCGUGCUGCAUGUGAGAAGCUAAAGAAGGUACUCAGCGCAAAUCCCGAGGCACCUAUGAACAUAGAAUGCUUGAUGGACGACAAGGAUGUUAGAGGUUUUAUAAAGAGAGACGACUUUGAACAAAUUAGCACCCCGAUAUUGGAACGUGUAAAGAAACCUCUUGAGAAGGCUCUUUCAGAGGCUCAACUUACAGUUGACAAUAUUUACGCUGUUGAAGUUGUUGGUUCCGGUUCUAGGGUGCCAGCUGUGAUCAAGAUCUUGACGGAAUUUUUCGGGAAAGAACCGAGGCGUACAAUGAAUGCAAGUGAGUGUGUAUCCAAAGGCUGUGCUUUACAAUGUGCUAUUCUUAGUCCCACCUUUAAAGUUAGAGAGUUUCAGGUACAAGAGAGCUUUCCGUUUCCGAUCUCUUUGACAUGGAAAGGUACCGCUCAAGAUUCUCAGAACGGAAACGUCGAGAAUCAACAGAGCAGUAUUGUUUUUCCCAAGGGAAAUCCGAUUCCCAGUGUGAAAGCGUUGACUUUCUUCAGGGCUGGUACAUUUACGGUAGACUUGCAAUAUGCAGAUGUCAGUGAAUUGCAGGCUCCACCGAAAAUCAGUACUUACACAAUUGGACCGUUUCAAGCGGCGAAAGGUGAGCGCGCUAAGGUGAAGGUUAAAGCGCGUUUGAAUUUGCACGGAAUUGUGUCUGUUGAAUCUGCACAGCUUAUUGAAGAAGAAGAAGUUGAUGUCCCGGUGACAAAAGAACCUUCUAAGGAAACAACAAAGAUGGAUGUGGAUAAGGCUCCAGCUGAUGCGCCUACAACAAAUGAAACCGAUGUAAACAUGCAGGAUGCCUCGGGGGCUGAGAACGGUGUUUCAGAGACCGGAGAUGUUCCUGCUCAGAUGGAGACUGAAUCAAAGGUGGAAGCUCCAAAGAAAAAAGUCAAAAAGUCAAACAUACCCGUCUCGGAGUCGGUUUACGGGGCAAUGCAACCUGCAGACCUUCAGAAAGCAGUGGAAAAGGAGUUUGAAAUGGCUUUGCAGGACCGAGUAAUGGAAGAAACAAAGGACAAAAAGAAUGCUGUUGAAGCCUAUGUCUAUGAGAUGAGGAACAAGCUGCAUGAUAAACUGCACGAGUUUGUUAAGGAUGUAGAUCGAGAAGCGUUUAUCGCUAAGCUUCAAGAAACUGAAGAUUGGUUGUACGAGGACGGUGAAGAUGAAACCAAAGGUGUAUAUGUUGCCAAGCUUGACGAGCUCAAAAAGCAAGGUGAUCCCAUAGAACACCGGUACAAAGAGCACUCAGAACGAGGAUCCACUGUUGACCAGCUGGUCAAUUUUGUUAAUUGGUACAAACAGGCUGCGGCAUCUAGUGAUCCCAAUUAUGAACACAUUGACUUGAGUGAGAAACAAAAGGUGUUGAAUGAGUGUUCAGAAGUGGAAAAUUGGUUGAGGGAGAAAAAGCAAAUUCAAGACUCGCUUCCAAAGCAUGCUGAUCCAGUUCUUUUGUCGUCUGAUAUUAGAAAGAAAUCAGAAACACUUGACAGGGUUUGCAGGCCCAUAAUGACGAAACCUAAGCCGGCCCCACCAAAGGCAGCCGCUCCCGAGACACCAUCUUCACCUGCACCGGCUCAGGCAAGUGAGCAGUCGUCUCAAGGGACAGAGAAUGCCGCAAGCCCUAACCCGAACCCAGAUGCCAAUGGCGAGAGUUCGGAUGCACCAUCGGCUAUGGAAACAGAGAAGCCCGAGGCUGCUGCAUAGACCAGAGCCUUUUAAUUUUGGUUUUUCAAAUGCGUCUUUGUUGGUCUUGUGUUUUUAUGCAGGACAAGGUACUUGUUUUAUUACAUUUUAUUUGUAUACUUAUGAAUAUAGAUAUUGGCGGACGGAAAGUGGGGCCACGGGUAUGUCUGGUUUAUUUUGUUAAGAAUUAUUCGACGGGUUCCUUUGUCGUUGAGACGUUAUUGUACACCGAGGCGUUUUUGGAUGCUUUCGGGACAUGUACCGGUUUUUUUAUUGGAUUUUGGUGGAUGCUACAUUUCAUGCAUGGUUGUUUU